CCGACUAACGGGACCCGCUCCAGAAGCGGCACGGCCCGAGGCAAGAGGCGCGCAUAAAGACGGCGCCUUCGUUAAGCUGGGCCACGAUAGCGAAACUCGCCUAGAAACUUCCCAGUCAGCACGGGGGGUGCCGGUGACGGCCCCUUCUUCGAGUAGGUUGACGUCAUCGCCGCAGGAGUGGGUGCGCGCUUACAACGGGACUGCAGUGAAGGCACAUCGAAGUGAGACUGUAGAUCUCCUGUUGCAACCCGUCUUCAGUGUGGUAGUGGUUGCGGUGCUCUGGCCUGAAGCCACCACACCACUUGCGUUCUUCCUCUGCUGGAACUCCACGACAGCAGGAGGUGUGUGUGACACUUCGUCAGCUCGGGUUCCCCCGCCCCGAAGACGGACCCCCGGUCGAUCCUGGAUUAACCGCGGGAGACAGCGAUACAAGGGGAGCCAUGUUCCUGUGGCCGGCGCUCUUCUUAUCGGCCCUGGGUGCCAGCUGGCCAUCACCGGCAGCCGCAGCAGGGCGCCACCGGGUGCCCCGAGAAGUAACGCCACGCACGGACCUGAAGAUCGUGUGCUACUACUCAAACUGGGCCGUGUACCGACCAUCGCUAGCGAAGUUCACGCCACAGAACAUCAACCCGUACCUGUGCACGCACAUCAUAUACGCGUUCGCAGGCUUCAACAAGCGUUACGAGCUGAAGCCGUACGACCCAUACAACGAUAUUGAACAGGGCAACUACAAGAAGUUCACGGGCCUGAAGCAAUACAACCCUGAUCUCAAGACCAUGGUCGCCGUAGGCGGAUGGAACGAGGGCUCUAAAAGGUUCUCGCACAUGGUGUCCGACCGGAGCCAGAGACAAAAGUUCGUGCGCAGUGCCAUCAAGUUCUGCCGUGAGCACGGCUUCGACGGCUUGGACAUGGACUGGGAGUACCCGGCCUUCCGCGAGGGAGGACUGCCCGAGGACAAGCAGGGCUACGCGCAGCUCAUCCGGGAACUGCGGGAGGCCUUCGAGGCCGAGUCCGUGCCUAGGGGCAAGGAGCGCCUACUCCUGUCGGUCGCCAUGCCCGCAGGCAAGGAGUACAUCGACAACGGCUUCGACGUGCGAGUCAUCGCCAAGGCGGCCGACUUCCUGAACCUGCUAACGUACGACUACCACACGGCGUACGAGUCGGCCACGCAGCACCACGCCCCGCUGGGCUCGCCUGACGGCCUCCGCGACUGGGACGACGAGAGCCGGCUGAACGUGCGCUGGACGGUCGACUACUACCUGGACGCCGGCGCGCCCCGCAACAAGCUCGUCGUGGGCGUGCCCACCUACGGCCGAUCCUACACGCUCGAGGACCCCGAUGAGAACGAGCUGGACUCGGCCGCGCAGGGACCUGGAGAGCCUGGCAACUCGACUCGCGAGAAGGGCUACCUCGCCUACUACGAGAUCUGUCAGUACGUGAACGAGAAGGACUGGGAGCUGCGGCGACCCGAUCCCCGGCGCAUGGGUCCAUACGCCUUCAAGGACGACCAGUGGGUGGGCUUCGACGACGAGCAGAUGGUGCGCGAGAAGGCACGCUACAUCCUCUCCAAGGGCCUGGCCGGGGCCAUGGUCUGGACUCUGGACAACGACGACUUCCGGGGCCACUGCGGCGGUGAGAUGAGUCCCCUCAUCACGGCGCUCCGUAAAGAACUCCUCGAAGGCGUCACGACUUCGGGCUCGUUCGAAGACGAGGACGAGGAAGAAGAGGAAGAGCUAGUGGCCAGCAGCAACGCCCGCUCGACGACCGCUAGGCCCAGAGCAGCCCAGAGACCGCAGCAGCAGGAGAUCGGACGUCGCGUGGCCAAGUCCUCGCUGUCCCCGGGACGCCGGGGAGGCUCGGGUACGCGCAAGAACCUGGCCCUGUCGGUGACCACGCCACCACCGCCGCCAACCCCGGACCCGGGACCCGCAUUCGAAUGCGAGGACGAAGGCUUCUUCAACAACCCGCGCGACUGCAGGAAGUACUUCUGGUGCCUGGACUCCGGCCCGGCCAACCUGGGCACGGUGGCACACGCGUUCACCUGCCCUUCCGGACUGUACUUCAACUCGAAAUCCGAAGCGUGCGACUACAAGGAGAACGUGGUCUGCAAGGUUCCGACGCCGACGGACGCACCGUCCACCACGACGCGCAAGCCGCGGCGUACGAAGGCUCGUUCCACCACGACCACUACAACCACGACCGAAAGGCCAACCACGACCACGACGACUACCACCUCCACUACAACAACCACAACACCACCACCACCACCACCACCUCCGCCGCCACCGCCGACCACGAAGGCUCCCGAUCAGAACGUCGCCGAACUACUGAAGCUGCUGCAGAGCAUCGGCGGCGUGGAGAAGUUGCAGACCAUCCUUACGUCAGCCGAGAACCAGGGAGGGCAGGCCAUCCGCACGGGAGCUCGUCGGCUGCCGCCUCAAGUCUUCGCUGGCACCGAGGUGCCACCAUUCCGUCCCGUCUACAACGACAGCAGCGCCGCAGCGCAGGGUCACGUAAUCCGGAGACCGCCGCAGUUCCAGGAACCCCAGCUGUUUCAGUACGUUGAGCCCGAUAGGCCGCCUCCAACGCAGUUCGCUCCACCACCUUCAACUCCAUACGCCUCGCCCCCAACGCCAACGCCACCUGAGGAGACCAACGUGUUCGUGGGUCCCAUACACGGAACGCUGCCUCCGCGAAUGCCUUUCCAGUUCGUCUACCAGACGCCCGAGAGAGGGCAACCACAACAGCAGCUUCAACAGCCGUUGCAGCAGCAGUCUUUGCAGCAGCAACAACAACGGCAACAGCAACCACAGGUGUUCUCCGGCUACCAGGGAGAUCCUGUAAACACUCCGCUAAACGUUCCCGUGCAAGCACCCGUAUUCUCACCCCCGACGGUGCCGCCGUCCGUGUACCCGACGCAGCCGUCCACGUCCUCCUUCACCGAAUCGGUGGGCGUGACACCCAUAGACUUCCCGCCGGAUUUCCAGACAGACGCAGAGGUCCUGGUACCACUCAGCUUCCGGAAAGGAACCAAGGUUCGUAUCAACAAGGUGGUACGGGUGAACGGAAAGCCCACGGGAGACCACCAGGUUGAUGGCGGAGGUCGUCGCGGAAAGAGGAUACGCGUCCGACCGGGAGACAGAGUCGCCGUGCGCCGCAAGCCUGUCCAGCAGACCCUGCCCCCGACCACCACGACGACCACGACCACGACGACAACGCGCAGGCCGACCUCUCCGCCACCGCCGCAAUACGACGACGUGGAAUAUGAGUACGAGUACGAAGACGAGGAGCCGUCGACGACCUCGACGACGACCACAACGACGACGACGACAACGCGUCGCCCCAGCCGGAGGGGAGGACGUCGCGGAGGCAGCAGGCGUCCCGCGGCAGGUGCCACGGGAGGUCACCGACGACCCGUCGUGGCGGCGGCACCGUUGCCCACCAUUCCGCCGGACCCUUUCGCGCCGCCGCUCAUCCUGAUCGACGAGAACACUGUGGACUGCCACAAGCGCGGCGUGUUCCCGCACCCGGAGAACUGCGGCAAGUUCGUGGUGUGCGCGCCAAACUCGAAGGCAUCUACAGGACUGCGCGGCUACGUCCACAACUGCCCCGCCGAGAUGCUUUACAGGAGCAAGGUUGGCCGGUGCAUGAAGGGAGACCGAGAUUCGUGCAACAAAAAGUGAUGACAUCGUUGGGCUGUCUUCGCGCCCUGCUUUUAAUAAGCACAUGUGCUUCAAUGUUUGCCAAGAUUGACGUCGCAACCAAGACAAGAAGGCAGGAUCUAUGACGCUGCUCCACACCUAACAAAUGCUGGCGCGCACAUCGAUUGUACAGCAGCAGCACUAUCUUCGGUGGGCCGCUGGUGUGCACUACACUUCCAUCAAGCUCUUGGUGCAGUUCAUGCUUAUGUAUGCUCUUGGAGCUCUUGUAUCCCAAGAAGUAUGCGCUUGAUGCUCUUGGACGCAAGAACCGGUAUGAAUGCACUCAAGGCAGUUAAAAUGGCUCAUAGACACAAGGUAGAAGUGUUUGUGUCAAUAGGCCAUUCUCAUCCGAAACCCUUGUCCACGUGAACAGGAGUACCGGAAGAUAGAUGGGCCAAGGCAAAUGUUCUACAAACUUUACCACGCUCUAUAAGCAAAAAAUAGGCAAAGAAGCACAUGCAACACUCAAAUAUGCAUCCAAGAACAGUCAUGCUCCCUUUGUUUUUUUUUCUAUUUUUUAUGUUUACCUGCUUCACAGCAAAGCGUACAGUGUAGUGAGUGAUGGGUUGUGAUGUGGUACGCUCGACAGCGCCAUGGCUCUAACAUGCAUUGGGCUCAACUGCGAGAUUUCGGCACUUGAAGAAACACGACCAAUUCACAAAAGCACCCAGCACAACAAGCGCAAAAGUAACUUCCAACUCGGUGUUUCUCGAAGUAGAUCUGGCACAGAACAGCCAGAACCAGGGCGAAAAAUGUCAUGUCAUACUACCACCUAACUCGCCAGAAUCGCAGACAUGUGAAGAAACCACACACACAAACAAAAUAUCUACGCAAUUUGGGACGCUGUCACACAACAACCCAUAUCCUUAUCCUGCCGUGUUUCCUUUCUGAGCCAGUGACAGACGGCAAAGCCAUAUAGAUUUCUAGAAAACUAUCACCCGUGGCCGUUCAUUCCAUCAGUGGGCAGGACUACAAACAAAUCAAUGUCCCAGCACGCUGACAUUUGUGCCACCAAUAUCGGACGCAUUGUACGAUUCGCCAAUACGUCUAUACUCUCAUUUGCUAUGCCCUCUCUGACUGGCUCAAGACAAAAACACGUCAGAAUUCGGCAAAGAAGACUUUGACACUGUCCACAACAGAACCCCAACCUCAUCGUGGGCGGCCAUAGAAGACGAAGACGCAGCCAAUCCAGCAACGUCAGCAGUGGCGUCAGCAGCAGCUCACCCCACGAAUCUGCAUGUGCAGUGCGCAGGGAUCUUCGGUGUUCGCCAUCGUGUACACUGAACUGAUGUUCCCUGUGAGGUGACGGGCUCGAGAGACGCUAUAGUACAAAAAAAGGCGCUUCCCUGAAACCUUGGAGUUCGUGGGUGUGGCUUCAAGUGUGCUGCUGAAAUAAAGUGAGAAAUGCGGA